UCGGCCCGCCUUCCGCCGACAUUGCUACUGCGCCUCCAGCAGUGCCCCGCCCGCUGCGGUCGCUCCAGCCAGGGGGCGGAGUGAAAGUAGCCGUGGGGCGGGCAUGGGACUAGCCAGGCUGCGCGCCCUGAGACGCCCAGCGGGUUUUGUACUCGUUGGUGGGGCCGCCGGUCAGUCUGUGGCAGUGGGAGCGGCGGCCGCAGCGGGAGCGGCAGCAAGACGGCGAGGUGAAGGAGGGUGGGCGUCUGGCGGAGUCCGCAGUUUCAGCAGAGUCGCUGCAGCCAUGGCCCCGAUCAAGGUGGGAGAUGCCAUCCCAGCAGUGGAGGUGUUUGAAGGGGAGCCAGGAAACAAGGUGAACCUGGCAGAGUUGUUUAAGGGCAAGAAGGGUGUGCUGUUCGGAGUUCCCGGGGCCUUCACCCCUGGCUGUUCCAAGACCCACCUGCCAGGGUUUGUGGAGCAGGCCGAGGCUCUGAAGGCCAAGGGAGUCCAGGUGGUGGCAUGCCUGAGUGUUAAUGAUGCCUUUGUGACUGGCGAGUGGGGCCGAGCCUACAAGGCGGAAGGCAAGGUUCGGCUCCUGGCUGACCCUACUGGGGCCUUUGGGAAGGAGACAGACUUAUUACUAGAUGAUUCGUUGGUGUCCAUCUUUGGGAAUCGACGUCUCAAGAGAUUCUCCAUGGUGGUACAGGAUGGCAUAGUGAAGUCCCUGAAUGUGGAACCAGAUGGCACAGGCCUCACCUGCAGCCUAGCACCCAACAUCAUCUCGCAGCUCUGAGGCCCUGGGCCAGAUCACUCCCUCUACCCCUCCCUAUCUCACCUGCCCAGCCCCGUGCCAGGGCCCUGCAAUUAGAACCUUGGCCAGAUUUCUGCAAUAAACGUUUGUGGCUUGUGCCCUUCUUCUU